AUGUCAGAUACACCUUCUUUUGCAACACCUCAAGAAGAGGUAAUGUAUUGGAAGAAAUGCUUAGAAGAUAAACAACAAGAAGUAGAUGACUUGGAGCAAAACUUUAAUGAAUAUCAAGAGUUUUCAAAGCAAUUGGAAGAAGAAAUGGAGACUGAACUAAGAGCUUGUGAAAAGAAACAUACAGAUUUGGUAUCUCAACAUGCACGACUAAAAAACGAUUAUGAAAAUAUACAAGAUAAAUUGAAUGGUGUUAGUAGGGAGUCUUCUAGUUUAAUAGCAAGUUUACAAGACGAAGUAGAUAAACUUAAACAUUUCAAACAAUCACUUUUGGGUGAUAAAAGAAAACUAGAACAAGAAAAUGAUACAUUAGAGAGACGUGAACGUGCUUCAUCAGCUUCUGUUCAAGACUUGUCUGAGAAAUUGGAUCGUGUCAUGGAGGAAAACGUUUGGAUGCAAAGCGAGCUAGAAGAAUCAAAACAAAAUGCAGAUGAAACUAUUCAAAGACUAAGAGAAGAAAUGAGAGAAUUAAAACAAGAUAUAUCGGUCAAAGAUAACAAAAAAAUAUUAAUCAAACCAAUACCAACAGAGGUUAGUAAAUUAGAUAAUACAAUAAUAACAAUAAUCGAUCAACAACCGAAUAAUAAUAAUAAUAAUAAUAUGAUAUUCAUAUUUCUAACUAUCCUUUUUCAUCCAUUUAUAAAAUUCUAUCAAUUCUUUCGAUCAUCAUCUAAAUUCACUUGGAAUCCAUUCAAAACUAUUUAA